AUGCUGCAAAACCUUUCGACCAAGUUAGAAAACAAGCUCUUGGAAAAUUGUGCCGAUCUUUUAGAAAGAUCAGCCAAGUUAGAAAAUAGGCUCGUGGAAAAUUGUGCCGAUCUUUUAGAAAACAAAGCCAAGUUAGAAAAUAGGAUCGUGGAAAAUUGUGCCGACCUUUUAGAAAACUCGACCAAAUUAGAAAACAAACUCGUGCAAAAUUGUGCCAAUCUAGAAGGAAAACUCUUGGAGUUACACGAAAGUACAGCCAAAUUAGAACAGAACGUGGACUUCCGUUGGAAAAAUCAAGUGAGAUAG